GUGGUGGCGCUUGAAUCAGUUUGUUGUGAUCGAAGACUGUCAUCAUUAGUCGAGGCAACAUAACCUAAACAUAAUACACAUAAAAACUGGAAUUCGGCCUAGAAAUUUUAUAUUCUUCGAGAUGCCUCUACCAGCAGCAUUAGCAGCAAAACUAGCGAAAAGAGGUUUGGUUGGUCAACAGAAACCGACAGUGGUCGUUGAAAAAGAAAACAAGCCAGAAUCCAAAUGUGCCCUUUGCUGCCCCAACAAAUACAAUAUUUAUCAUGAGUGCACUACUUGGUGCCAAAUUCACUGGAAGGUUCACAACAAUCCUGAGCCUCAUUACAUGAAGAGUGUGAAGAAAAUGUUAGAGAAAUAUCCACUACCCAAGAAUUGCACAGAGCUGUUUGACAAUGGAGUUGGUAGGUAUUACUACUGGGAUAUAGAGAAAAAUCUAGUCUCUUGGUUGCCACCAACACACCCAAAAGCAGUCCUCACUGAGCCAGCAGCCAUUCUAAGGGCCAGACUCAAGGAGAUGUCAGAGCAGGAGCAGAUUCAGAGGGACUUUGAAAAGCGGACAAGAGAAAGACAUAAGGAGAGGAAGGACAAAGAGGAUGAGAGAAGGUACAACAAGCAUGAUGAUAGGGAUAGAGGUAGAAGGAGGAGCAAAAGAGAGGAUUUACUGUUGGAUCCUAUGGAUCCAGCUUCAUACUCGGAUAUACCUAGGGGAAGCUGGAGUGAUGGUUUGGAAAUAAAUAAACUGAAAGCAGAUUCUACAGCUCCAGGAGCAUUAUUCCAACAGAGGCCAUACCCAUCACCAGGAGAUGUUUUAGAAGCAAACAAAUCUAGUAAUAAGAAGAAAUAAAUACUUACAUGUAAAUUGCAA